AUGGACAAACUUCCCCCUGCAGUCACCGUCACUAACAUCAAAUCCCACAUUCCUGUGGUUCUAGAGAAUGAUUGCAGCAAGUAUAAUUCAUGGAAGCAGUUAUUCUUGACUCACUGUGAAGCAUACGAGGGUUUGGAUCACAUCGUCCCGCCGGAUAAUCCACCAGAGGCGAAACCACCCACUUGGGACCGGGUGGAUGCAUUAGUUCGUCAGUGGAUAUACUCCACCAUCUCUCCCGAACUGCUGGAAACUAUCCUCAAGCCAAAAUCAACCGCUCAGAUGGCUUGGGACACAUUGGCAGCCUUGUUCCAAGACAAUGAAAACUCGAGGACCGUUGAUCUCGAAAAUAAGUUCUCCAGCACUAGGAUGGACUCCUUCACAGACAUCUCAUCCUACUGCAAAGCCAUGAAGAACAUUGCUGACCAAUUGGCUAACGUUAAUGCUCCGGUGUCUGAUAAACGUCUCGUUCUCCAAAUUGUGAAAGGUCUCAAUAGCAAAUACAACACCGUUGCGGCUAUCAUCCAACAAACCACUCCACUGCCAGAUUUUUAUGGUGUUCGGUCUCGUCUUACAAUGGAGGAAAGCCGCCUAAAUGCUCAAGAAAACACCCCUGCAGAUACAGCACUAGCUGCCGCCGCCCCUCCACCGCCUGCUGCACCGGCAUUCUUAAGCCUAAACCCGUAUUUGACCUUCAUGCUUCUGCCCCUAUUCCCCUUCCCAAAAACCCCGCCGAAGCCAUUACCAUACCCGAGUGGAAACAUGCCAUGA